UUGUUGAAUUUUAAAUUUUUUUCACCAAACCUUUCCAGAAAAGAGUUGUUUACAAAUCUGUCUGCGUGCGCGUUGACGCAUGCGUAUAGCUUUUUACCUGUUAGUCAGCAUUCCCGCCAAACUUAUUGUUUACUCGUGUUUAUUUUUAGUAUAGCUGUUAGUUAUUAUGAGUUGAAAAGAAAUUACAACUAAAAAAGUUUAUAUUUAAAAGUUUUCUUUUAAAAUUUAUAUAUUAAAGUAGUGGAUAAAUAAUUAACAUGAAAGAAGGAAGCACAAAUACAGCAUCUACGUUACAUACAGUAACUUCAGAGCAAGAAAAAAUAAAAAAACCAUUACACACGCUUCAACCAACAGCUACAGACAAGGAAAAUUUAGUCGCAGGAGGUAGAGCACUUAGAUCAUCAGUAUCUAGCAAAGGAUCCGUUAAGGAUGAAAUGUCAGAAAAAAUGAAGUCUGAAGUUUUAAAAAAAGAUAAUAAGAAAACUGUGAAGAAAAACACCGUAAUUGUUCAAAAAGACAAAAUUACGUGUAAAGACAAAGCCUGUCAAACUGCCAGGGGCGAAAAAAUUAUGAUUGAAAUUGAAGAUUUAACAUCUGAAGCUGGUCCAAGUGAAAAUUAUUGGCAAGUGUUAGCUGAAAGACGUCGAAUUGCUCUCGACGAUGCAUUAGAAGAAAAUCGAGACUUGAGUGAAAAAGUAAUAAAAUUAGAGGAAGAGAAUCGAAUUUACAGAGAAAUGUUGGAUGAAUCAAGAGCUCUUGUUGAAGUUCUUCAGGAAAUGAUUGGAGAAGAUCGAAAUGAUAUUAAUAAUUCAUUGGAAGAUAGUGUAUUAUAAUGUUUAUAGAUCCAUCUUUAAAAUAAGUCGGUUUAUCAAUUAAUGAAUGACGAUAUAAAUAAUUAAUUAUUAACAACCGUAUUUGAGUACUCUUCAAUUAGCAUCAAGUUUUUUUUUCUUUAUAUAAAAAAAAUUUCCCAUCCUAGC